AGGAUCACCCUUUGCCAGUCUAGGGCUUGGGAUUCCAGGGCUGGCGUGGAGGUCUGGGGCUCUGUUUCCAACACACUCCAAGGUCUAUCUUUGGAAAGGUCAUGCCUCCCAAGCCAUCAACAGCUGCCCCGCCAGGUGACCCAGCUGCGCCAGCUGCCCCAGCUGACCAGCCUGCGCCAGGUGCCCAACCUGCCCCAGCUGACCAGCCUGCGCCAGGUGCCCCACCUGCUCCAGGUGACCAGCCUGCGCCAGGUGCCCCACCUGCUGCAGCUGAGAAAAAACAACCUAGCCAGACAAAAGAAGAACUGGCAUUUUAUGCUCCAAAUUACCUAUGCAUGUCUAUCUUUGCUGUACUUCUUUUUUUCCCUUUGGGACUGGCAGCUUGCUACUUCAGCCAUAAGACCACACAGGCCAACAGGGAGAGCAAAUGGGAAGAGGCUUACUUAAACUCAGGUCGAACCGGCUGGCUGAGUGUUUUUGGCAUACUCAUUGGUUUAGGCAUAAUUUAUGGAUGUGUCCUAUAUAUGUGAAGACCAGGCCUACCAUCCCAGGGAUCAACUCCCCCAAAGAUCCACCCAUCAAAACACGGACCAGACAAGUCAGCUGCACGCAAAAAACUCAACAGCUCUAAGAUAUUCCCUAAUCAAGAAACCUACCAACCGAGGAACUUAACAUCCAAGUGACCCACAGCCCAGGAACACCAGAUCACCUGCCUGUACUCACUACUUCCGCUCGCUCGCCCUCCAGAGCUGUUUUCAUUCACCUGAGGGAUCUGUACACCAUGUACUAGAUCCCCUUACUUGCUUAACACUGGGCUGAUCUUUCAAAUGUUUAUUUAAAUGAAUAAAACUGGAGGAAGUA